CGGGAAGGAUCCUCGUCCGGCGUCGGGUCCCGAAGCCUCGCGGAAGGCGGGGCGGGCGGCGCCGAGAAACAACGGCCGCGGGCGGCUGCGUCCGGGCGGCGGGAGAGCGCGACGCGAAGGGGCCGCCACCGCCGAGCAGUCCUCCAGCCGUGCCCGCGUCCGCUCGACCGCGCGUCCUCCGCGCAUCGGCGGCGGGUCCGGCGGCCGAGCCCAUGCAGCCGCGCAGCGAGCGCCCGGCCGGCAGGACGCAGAGCCCGGAGCACGGCAGCCCCGGGCCCGGGCCCGAGGCGCCGGCGCCGGCGCCGCAGCCGCCUGCCCCCGAGGCGGAGCGUGCGCGUCCCCGGCAGGCGCGGCCCGCGGCCCCCAUGGAGGGCACCGUGCAGCUGCUGACCCGGGAGGGUCACAGCGUGGCCCACAACUCCAAGCGGCACUACCACGACGCCUUCGUGGCCAUGAGCCGCAUGAGGCAAAGGGGCCUCCUGUGCGACAUCGUGCUGCACGUGGCUGCCAAGGAGAUCCGCGCGCACAAAGUGGUGCUGGCCUCUUGCAGCCCCUACUUCCACGCCAUGUUCACAAAUGAGAUGAGCGAGAGCCGUCAGACCCACGUGACGCUGCACGACAUCGACCCUCAGGCGCUGGACCAGCUGGUGCAGUUUGCGUACACGGCUGAGAUCGUGGUGGGCGAGGGCAACGUGCAGACUCUGCUCCCGGCCGCCAGCCUCCUGCAGCUGAACGGUGUCCGAGACGCCUGCUGCAAGUUCCUGCUGAGCCAGCUGGACCCUUCCAACUGCCUGGGCAUCCGGGGCUUUGCCGACACACACUCCUGCAGCGACUUGCUCAAGGCUGCCCACAGGUACGUGCUGCAGCACUUCGUGGACGUGGCCAAGACUGAGGAGUUCAUGCUGCUGCCGCUGAAGCAGGUGCUGGAACUGGUCUCUAGCGACAGCCUGAACGUCCCUUCUGAGGAAGACGUCUACCGCGCGGUCUUGAGUUGGGUCAAGCACGACGUAGACGCCCGUAGGCAGCACGUGCCAAGGCUGAUGAAGUGCGUGCGGCUGCCCCUGCUGAGCCGAGACUUCCUGCUGGGUCACGUGGACGCUGAGAGCCUGGUGAGGCACCACCCCGACUGCAAGGAUCUGCUCAUCGAAGCCCUCAAGUUCCACCUGCUGCCCGAACAGAGGGGCGUCCUGGGCACCAGCCGCACGCGGCCCCGGCGCUGUGAGGGGGCUGGCCCCGUGCUCUUUGCCGUGGGCGGCGGGAGCCUGUUCGCCAUCCACGGGGACUGUGAAGCCUAUGACACGCGCACCGACCGCUGGCACGUGGUGGCCUCCAUGUCCACACGCCGGGCCCGCGUGGGCGUUGCUGCUGUUGGGAACCGUCUGUACGCCGUGGGCGGCUAUGACGGGACUUCAGACCUGGCUACCGUGGAGUCGUACGAUCCUGUGACCAACACGUGGCAGCCCGAGGUGUCCAUGGGCACGAGACGAAGCUGCCUGGGCGUGGCUGCCCUCCACGGGCUGCUGUACGCAGCUGGCGGCUACGACGGGGCCUCCUGCUUGAACAGUGCCGAGCGCUACGACCCGCUGACGGGAACGUGGACAUCUGUCGCUGCCAUGAGCACCCGGAGGCGAUACGUGCGCGUGGCCACGCUCGAUGGGACCCUGUACGCCGUGGGCGGCUACGACAGCUCCUCGCACCUGGCCACCGUGGAGAAGUAUGAACCCCAGGUGAACGCGUGGACGCCCGUGGCCUCCAUGCUGAGCCGCCGCAGCUCGGCGGGCGUGGCGGUGCUGGAGGGCACCCUGUACGUGGCGGGGGGCAACGAUGGCACCAGCUGCCUCAACUCGGUGGAGAGAUACAGCCCGAAGGCCGGUGCCUGGGAGAGCGUGGCGCCCAUGAACAUCCGCAGGAGCACGCACGACCUGGUGGCCAUGGACGGCUGGCUGUAUGCCGUGGGCGGCAACGACGGCAGCUCCAGCCUCAACUCCAUCGAGAAGUACAACCCCAGGACCAACAAGUGGGUGGCCGCGUCCUGCAUGUUCACGCGGCGCAGCAGCGUGGGCGCCGCCGUGCUGGAGCUGCUCAACUUCCCGCCGCCGUCCUCGCCCACGCUGUCCGUGUCCUCCACCAGCCUCUGACCCGCCGCAGCGCCCUCGCCUUCCACAUGCCUUAAGGGGGUGCGCGGCCCCACCAGGGACACCCCACGCCGUCUGUCCGUGUCUGUGCUCAUUCUCAUGUUCGUUUAUUUAUUUACUCGUUAUUUAUCGAGGGGUGAACAGCAUGGCAGCCGCCGUUCACCGCGUCUGCUCCUGAAACACGCGGCCCUCCCGAGUGUCACCCCUGCUCCGUGCUUUGGGGGCAGCCGGAGUGAAGCAUGUGGGGCUCACGCGUCUUGGGGGACCCUGUGCCCCACUCUGUCGCUGGAGUGGGGGGGGCUUUCCCAGCAGGUGCAGACCCCAGCCCCCACGUAGCACACGGCUCGGGAAGGGCACAGAGCAGGCUUCCUUCCCGUGUCCCUGUCCUUUCUGGACCUUGUACCAAGCACACACGUGUGCACACGGACCCUACACAGCAAUAUGAGCCAACUUGAACAAUAAACGCGUGUCCUGGCUCCA